AUGGGUCAGUUUGUGAUUUUAAGUGUUAUUCUGAUGGUACAUGUUGCUGUAACCCAAAAUCUCUUUAGUAAUAAGCCAAGCUGCUACAAGCCAAUGCCCAGGAAACCCGGCUUUGGUGUCAAGACGUUGUCUCCUCGUGAACGCCUGAACCUUGCUCAUCUGCCAAAGUCCUGGGACUGGAGGAAUGUAAAUGGCGUCAACUAUGCCAGUACAACUCGUAACCAACACAUCCCUCAGUACUGCGGCUCCUGUUGGGCACAUGGCAGCACCAGUGCAAUGGCAGAUCGUAUCAAUAUCAAGCGAAGUGGGGCAUGGCCAUCUGCAUAUCUGUCCGUUCAGCAUGUUAUCAACUGUGCUGAUGCUGGGACCUGUCACGGAGGAGACCACGCCGGCGUGUGGGAGUAUGCCCACAAUCACGGUAUCCCUGAUGAGACGUGUAACAACUACCGGGCUGUUGAUCAAACGUGUGACCCGCUUAAUGCAUGUGGGACAUGCAUGGGUUUUGGGAACUGCAGUGAAGUGGAAAACUACACUCUCUGGCAAGUGGGUGACUUUGGACUGGUCAGUGGAAGGGAUGACAUGAUGGCUGAAAUCUUUAAUGGAGGACCAAUCAGCUGUGGCAUCAUGGCUACCGACAAACUUGACAGAUACACAGGUGGUUUAUAUAUGGAGUACGUGCCGUCUCCCUCAAUUAACCACAUUGUGUCGGUAGCGGGAUGGGGAGUGGAAAAUGGCACUGAAUAUUGGAUUGUACGCAACUCCUGGGGAGAGCCAUGGGGUGAAAAGGGCUGGCUCAGGAUUGUGACAAGUGCCUACAAAGGAGCAGGAAGCCAGUACAAUCUUGCCUUGGAGGAAGACUGCGUCUAUGGCGAUAUGAUUAUUCCCUUAUCUUAUUCAGAUUGGAACGCUCCUGGCAACUGA